AUGUGUGGUGACCAUGAUGAUCAUCGCCUUGCUAUCCGUGUCCCGGUCAAGCGCCUUUCUCCUUGUCACAGACUUCAGCAUCUUGGAUGCGGUCAGCAGAGCGACAAGACGGUUAGUGAGCAGAAACAAAUGCUAGUAAAAUUCUUUGUCAAACACAUAGAUUAUAAGCACCAGAAAAUUCAAGUUCAUGUCCCAGAUGAUUGCUUUCUCCUGACGCAAUUAGAAUACCAAAACGUGAAGCCAAUCUCUCCUUUCACUGUCUCAGAUUUUGGUAAGGGUAAUCAUGAGGAAUUUCAAAAUGUCAGCUUAUUCAACUGUCCUACCCCAAGCACAGAUAUUUAUCCACCAAGACAAGUUCCCUGCAUCAGUGGCCUGGGCUACAAAUAUAUAUAUGCUGUUUCUUCCGGGGACCAACCGCCACAAAGAUGUACAAAGAUGUAUGAUUUACAAGUUCCAUAUGGAACACUGUUUCUCGAUUACUAUAUUUGGUCGUGGUCUACACCAAACUGUACAGAAUGUGAAGCCAAGGGUAGGAAGUGUCAUUUGAAGAUCAACGGCACCAAAAGUGAAAUUGAAUGUGUUCAUCUUAGCAAACCGCAUGCAGGUGCAACUCUGACUACAAUCGUUCUAUUAAUAUCGGUGGCUGUAAUCUACAGCGUCUAUAGCUCUGAUAAAAAGGAAAAAGAGAAUCAAUUGAAAAUUGAAAAAUUCCUAGAGGAUUACAAAGCGCUCAAGCCAAGCAGAUAUUCCUACGCAGAUAUUAAAAGAAUUACAAAUCAAUUUGAGGAUAAGUUGGGCGAAGGAGCGUAUGGAACUGUUUUCAAAGGGAAGCUUUCAUCUGAAGUUUUUGUUGCUGUUAAAGUCCUCAACAAUUCCAAAAACGAAGAUGGGGAAGAAUUCAUCAAUGAGGUGGGAACAAUGGGUCAUAUCCACCAUGUCAACGUGGUUCGCAUGGUCGGCUUCUGUGCUGAAGGAUUUAGACGAGCUCUUAUUUAUGAGUUUUUCCCCAAUGGUUCACUACAGGAUUUCAUUUCAUCAGCAGACAGUAAGAACUCUUUCCUUGGUUGGGAUAAGUUGCAAGAUAUUGCUCUAGGCAUUGCCAAAGGAAUUGAAUAUCUACACCAAGGAUGCGAUCAACGAAUCCUUCAUUUUGAUAUUAAACCUCACAACGUAUUGCUAGAUCAAAACUUCACUCCAAAAGUUUCUGAUUUUGGGAUGUCCAAGUUGUGUGCCAAGGAUCAAAGUAUAGUGUCAAUAACUACGGCUAGGGGGACUAUGGGAUAUAUUGCACCUGAAGUGUUCUCCCGGAAUUUUGGAAAUGUGUCAUAUAAGUCAGAUGUAUAUAGUUUUGGAAUGUUGUUGCUCGAGAUUGUAGGAGGGAGGAAGAAUAUUGGUAAAACCAUGGGCAACGCUGGUGAAGUGUACUACCCAGAAUGGAUAUAUAAUCUUUUAGAAGAAGGGGAGGACCUUCGAGUCCAUUUUGGGGAAGAAGGAUUAGAUUCUCGAAUUCCCAAAGAACUGGCAAUUGUAGGCCUUUGGUGUAUCCAAUGGCACCCAAUGGAUCGUCCAUCCAUGAAAUCAGUGGUUCAGAUGUUGGGAGGAAGAGAAAACUUAACUAUGCCGCCGAAUCCUUUUGCUGCUACUGGUGCUACUAGAACAAAUGCAAUAAGUCGCCCGACUGCAAGACGCUUGAACCUUGAGCUAGAAGCAAUUGUUGAAGAGUAA